GGACGCUUCGUUGUGGCGAUGCAAAUCCGAAGAAACCCAGGUUCGAUUCCUGGGUCGCCCAGGAUUUUGUCAUUUUGCUCUUCUUUUUCCACAUUGUAGACCUGUUGGUUCCAUCUUCUUUACAAUCUUCAAUGGCUCUCGAGCUUCACAUCCCGCCUUGCAUCGGAGCUUCCGCUCACGCUUCCGCUCACCCACUCCAUCCCCCACCACCGGAGCAGCCCCUGAGAAUCCAGAUCGAAGGUCCACUGGUAUCAAUUCAAAAACUCCUUCGGGGGAUAUCAUGGAAUACUAAUCCCGCGUCCCUGAUAUUUCCACAGCCGGCCGGUUUGGAGCUUGCAAGAUUGGCGUUUCAGAAACUAUACGGGCGGGAAGUUCGUCCAGAGGUCCCUGGUGAUAUGGUUGUACGGGAUGAGUAUUUGGGCUGGGUGAUGGGCGUGACGCCAUUGACAGACAUCGAUUAUUAUGGCGUCACAUUCGACCACCUCGUUCCCGCCGACGAUGCCGAUCCAGAGGUGUUACAGAUUAACAUCAUCGAGAUGGAUGACGAUGGGGGAGCAUAUGCCAACAAAUACCUACCAUUUGCAGUAGAUCCGGCGGAAUAUAUAGGAAAGAAGGUACUAGCCGUGCCAAGAUGCUGUCAGAAGAGGAGAGGGACGCAAGAUCGUCGGAGGGUGAAUAGCUCGGUGUACACAGCUAACUCGCCCAUCGAACGUCUGACGGCUCAUGCGGAAUAG